GUUUUUAGUGCGGUGUAAUGAAACCUCCCCCCCUCGCAGCUGUGAUUUGGUUCGGUCCUAUCGACAGCUCCGAUUCUCUCAUCAGUGAGUUGUACUACAACAGCAUCAAACUGGAAAACAAACGUGCACUCGCGAUUUUAAUAAGCGAUAAUCACAAUGAAGGAGCCAAUAUCUGUGAGCAAAGCAACUUGAAGAGAAAGAGGCCAGUGUGAGUGUGUGACUGUAUGUCUGUGUACACAUAUGUAUGUGGAUGAGCUUGCAUAGGCCAUGUCUGUCCCCACAAAACAAGAGAGGACAGUAUGUGUCCUCCUUCCCACAAAGGAGACACUGGACAUCACAGUGGGGUUGAAAGCAACAGGUCAAGAUGUGUUUCACCGUGUCUGUGAGCUUCUCGGGGUUAAAGAGUUGCACUACUUUGGAUUGACUUUAGUCAAAGACAAUGAGUACAUCUUUCUCGACCUGGAAGAGAAACUUGCCAAGUACUUCCCUAAGGAAUGGAAACAGGACUCAGGGAAGCAGGGGUCACAGAGGAGGUCAAUCCCUCCCCUGCUCUGUCUGAAGGUCCAGUACUAUGUGGAGAACGGCAGACUUCUCUGUGAGCGUAAAGCAAGAAAACUGUACUACUAUGAUCUGCGGGAACGUGUCUUGCGCUCAGAAUGCAGACAGCAGGAGGAAGUGUAUUUCCAGCUGGCAGGAUACGCCCUGCAGGCCGAUCACUCUGACCACCGCUCAGACGGCCACAGUCGGGGACACGCUGCGUAUUUCCAACCCAAAGAAUACUUUCCACCCUGGAUAAUUGCGAAGCGUGGCAUUGACUACCUGCUGUGUCACGGGCCCAAGGUUCAUAAAGAGCUGUGGGGGAUGUCCUCACGUGACGCCAUCCUGCUCUUUAUCAGAGAAUCUUGCCGUCUGGAGGAUGUCCCAGUCACCUUUUAUCGCCUACAAAAGGACAAGAAAGAAGAGAAAGGUUCAGCACUCCUUGGACUCACUCUGCGAGGAAUGCAAGUGUAUCAGGAGGUGAACAAUGUGCGUGAUCUGCUGUAUGACUUCCCCUGGUUUCACGUGGGACGACUCACUUUUCUGGGGAAGAAGUUUGAGAUCCAGCCGGAUGGUUUGCCCUCUGCGAGGAAGCUGGUGUAUUACACGGGUUCAGCCUUUCGUUCCCGACAUCUUCUGCUGCAUUUAAGUUCCUGUCACAGAUUGUACCUCAGUUUGCAACCUGCACUCAAACACCUGCGGCAACUUGAGGACUCAGAGGAGAAGAAGAGGUACCGUGAAUCGUACAUUAGUGAUGAGCUCGACCUGGAUCAGCCGUGCAGCGAGGGCAGUCCCCGUCUGUCUAGACACUCCACCAGCAGCUCUGGCAUUGUGGCAGACGCCAGGCAAGUCUCCACAGAGAUGGUUUCCAUGGUGGAGAAGGAAAAGCCCUUCAUCUCCGCUGUCAGUAAUGGCUCCUCACAAACCUUUGGCAUUGACACCAGCAGCAAAGCUCAGACUGAUGAAGAUGAGUGGCAGGAGGAAGAUUUGCAGGAGAUGGUGAAGGAGCCCGGGGAGGUCUCUGUGGAUGACCCUGUGGAUAUCUUGCGAUUGGCUGAGCUGCUGGAGGGCGUGUCCAUCGACUGUCCCACCAUCCAAUCAGAUACCGAAUCUAAAGGUCCACAAAUGAGAUCAGUUACAGGCAAUGAUCAAAUGGACCUUUGUGAUCCAGAUAACAUGAAACAGGUUUCGAAUCAGAAGGCUCGUAACCCGGCCGACCGCUACAGUCUGAGUCUGGAUGACGUGCGACUGUAUUCCCCCCUUCUCCCUCUGGGAACGGCAUCGGUUCCAGUCACAUCCGUCAGCUACACGUUUGGGCUUCCGCACUCCCCGACCAGCCCGUGUCCAGACAGUACUUCAUUCUGUGUCCAGCGCUCCACGAACUGCCUAUCUCUGGACCUGCUGGAUGAUAACCAGUUGCUGGAGCUUGUCCUUUAAGAAACUGAGAAGACUGCUGUUGUCUUGCCAUUAAACUGGACAGAAAAAUAAAGACAAAACUGAGGCAUUAAAAGGACACAUUUUUAUCAGGAAUUUCAUUAAAACUCAACCAAUGUGUUUCUAUGCUGUAUGACAGUAUGAACAAAUGUUGGUUUUUUUGUUAUCAAUUUUUUUUUUUACAAAUCUUCGGUCAUGUAGAAUUUUGUGUUGAACUUUUUUUAAAGAACAUUGUUAAUUAAGUAACAUUAAGAGAAGCAAAGCAUUACUACUCUAACACUGGGCCUUGAGAAAAUGACUUGAUAAAAUGGUCUCUUCCAAGUAAAUUCCACAAUAAGCAACAGGAGUUCUCGCCCACACUGAACUUUCAUUGGUACAAAUCCUGUUCUGCAUGGCAGAAGUGUAUAUUAAACAACUAAACAAAACAUUUCCACA